AUGUCCUGGCUGAGCAACCAGACCUCAGGCGGCGACUUCGUCCUCCUUGAUCUGUUCCGCGGCACCCCGGUGCCCUGGGUCCUGUUCACACUCACGGUGCUGGACCUCCUGGUGGCCCUGCUGGGCAACUCCGUGAUAAUCAUCCUCAUCUGGGCCGACCCUCUUCUCCACACGCCCAUGUACUUUCUGCUCAGCCAGCUGUCCCUCAUGGACCUCCUCUACAUCUCCACGUUUGUCCCCAAGAUGGCCCUGGUCUUUCUGUCUGGGGACCAUCACAUCUCCUUCAUUGGGUGUAGCCUCCAGAUGUUCCUCUUCAACACCCUUGCGGGCUCAGAGUACCUGCUGCUGGCCGUGAUGGCCUAUGACCGCUACGUGGCCAUCUGCCAGCCUCUGCGCUACCCCGUCCUCAUGCGUCCCCGGGUCUGUGCGCUCCUGGUGCUGGUGACCUGGCUGGGUGCGUUCUUCAACGCCUUGAUCCAUGUGGCCUACACUCUGACUCUCCCUUUCUGCGCCUCCAGGGAAAUCCAUCACUUCUUCUGUGAGAUCCCAGCGCUCCUGAAAGUGGCCUGUGCUGACACUUCCCAAUACGAAAAGGGUGUUUUUGUCAGUGCUGUGAUUUUUUUCAUCCCUCCCAUCUCAGCCAUUCUGUGCUCCUAUGGAAGGAUACUGUCCACCGUGCUGGGCAUGGGGUCAGGCCAGGCUCUUAGGAAAACCUUGGCUACCUGCUCUUCGCACAUGACUGUGGUGUUGCUGUUCUACGGGGCUGCCAUCACCAAGUACCUUCUGCCAAAGUCCUACCACUCCCCGGAGCAGGAAGAAGUGGUCUCCGUGUUCUACACCAUCAUAACCCCCAUGCUCAACCCGCUCAUCUACAGCCUGCGAAACAAGGACGUCAAUCAAGCUUUUAGGAAAGUUGUUGGGAGACUGAACACCGGUUCUCACACCGUUGGCCACCCUCAUGUCUUCCUGGGAAAAGGACCGCAGCCCUGCCGCCCGCAGCAGGAGGAGCCGUCGGCUGCGGAGGCGCAGCAGGGCCUCGGGCUCCUCCAGCUCGCCACCCCCGGCCAGGCGGCGGGGUCGCGACUGCCGUGGAACUGCCCAGGCGCGGCCGCGGUGCUGUCGGUCCACAGAGCGACGGAGAGCUGGCAGCGCCUACGACAGGGCUGGAGCACGGUCCCUCCCGGGCCUGGCACGGUGAAACGCUUCCUUCUCUGA